GAGCUCGAGGCAAUUUUGGAGCGAGAACAUGAAAUGCUUGAACAGCAACGGCAACAAUUACUGCAAGAUCGACAAGCCUUUCAUAUGGAAGUAAUCAAGACAAUGGAGAGUCGUGCUAGGGCACUUGUUCAACAGCAACAGCAACAACAGCAACAGGCUCAACAGCAACAACAGGCUCAACAGCAACAACAGGCUCAACAAGCUCAGCUUCAGCAGCUUCAUCAACAUGCUCACUCCACUUCUCCUCAUACUCCACUCCAUCCUCACAUUAAUAACCAGCCCCAUGUACACCCCAAUCACCUACAUCCUAAUCCCCAUCCUCACUCAAGUGCCCACUCACAUGCCCCACACACCCAUAACGCUGUACCGACUGGCCCAACUCCAACCCAUGCUCAGCCCCCACCCCUUUCCUCUGGUCAUCCUCAUUCUAGUUCCUCACACACAGCCCAUGCCUUCCCUAUCAGUGCACAGGCUCCUGGAUCCAUGCUCAGUUCUGUAACUCAUUCUGGCACCGGUUAUUCUCAGCAUCCCACUCCACUUCCCUCUCCACCAGCUUCUCAUAUUUCUUCUCAUGGUGGUCUUUUGACUCAAGCACCAGCCGCUGCUACUCAACAACAGCAGUAUCACCAUCACAACGUGUCCCUUGUGCCGCCCCAGACUCACAGUUCCACUAACCCUAUUGUCCCUGCUUCUCCUGGAUAUUCUCCAUCAUCAACUGUAGCCUCAUGCCAAGCUCAAUUACCGAAUUCACACCAGGCCCCACCACCACCUUCCUCAUCGGAGCAGAUGCUAUCAACUCAACCUACUCAACAGCCCCCUUCGACACAACUUCCCGCAUCGUCUGCAGCCUCGGCCACAGUACAUCCAUCACCGUCUGUAUCACCGACCUCUGUCCCAGGCCUUUCUACAUCACAGCCGCCUAAUCCGGCCGCUGUAGUUGGCACCACCGACCAUAAUUCGCUUGACUCAGCUAUUAGUAUAACUGCUCCGGAAGCACCUUCUGUCUCUAGGCCUAUGGAGAUUGAAGAUCCAUCAUCUGCUCCAAUGUCUGGCUUA